CGGCGCAGCCCCCACUCUGCGCGCUGCCCGUGCCAGCGACGCACAGGAAGCCGGACUGAGACUGAGCGCAGCUCGGCUGUUUCGUUCCUGAGAUCAUCGGUGAAGCUGGUCCUUCAAUCCAUGUCUGAUUUAAAGGAAUCUGGACUCUUUUUAUCGCUGCUCAAAGCGCAUCUCUGGUUGUCAACUUAACUGGACUCAAAGCAGGUUUAAAAUGAACGAAGGACUAGAGAGCAACUCCACUCAACUGUACGACAACUGGACGUUUUAUAACUCCACGGUGGAGUUCGUCACUCCCAGGAGGAACAUCACGUAUGUUGGAUACUACCUGCACCAGCCGUCCACCGCCGCCAUCUUCAUCGUGUCCUACCUGCUGAUCUUUCUGGUGUGCAUGGUGGGAAACGGAGUGGUGUGCUUCAUCGUGCUGAGGAGCAGAAACAUGCGGACUGUGACAAAUCUGUUCAUCCUGAACCUCGCUGUGAGCGACCUGCUGGUGGGGAUUUUCUGCAUGCCCACCACUCUUCUUGACAACAUCAUUACAGGAUGGCCGUUUGGAAGCCUGGUCUGCAAAAUGAGCGGCAUGGUUCAGGGGAUUUCAGUCUCAGCCUCCGUCUUCACGCUGGUUGCCAUCGCAGUUGACAGGUUCCGAUGCAUCGUCUACCCAUUCAAGCAGAAGCUCACCAUUUCCACGGCGUCGCUGAUCAUCGUGGUAAUCUGGGUCCUCGCCAUAUCCAUCAUGUGUCCGUCCGGUGUGAUGCUGCAGGUGACCAAGGAGCAGACCGUCCGCGUCUUACUGGGCUCCGACAACCAGACCAGUCCCUUCUACUGGUGCAGAGAGAACUGGCCCAACCAGGAAAUGAGGAAAAUCUACACCACCGUCCUGUUUGCGAACAUCUACCUUGCCCCUCUUUCGCUCAUUGUGAUUAUGUACGCCCGGAUUGGGAUUACGCUCUUCAAAACCGCCGUUCCGACGGGAGGAAAGCCGGGCGCCGACAGCCGCCACGGCGUGUCGAAGAAGAAGCAGCGGGUGAUAAAGAUGCUCCUGAUCGUCGCUCUGCUCUUCAUCCUGUCCUGGCUGCCUCUCUGGACCCUCAUGAUGCUCAGCGACUACGCCAGCCUGACGGAGCAGCAGUACAGGAUUAUCAACAUUUACAUCUACCCCUUCGCUCACUGGCUGGCCUUCUUCAACAGCAGCGUCAACCCCAUCAUCUACGGCUUCUUCAACGAGAACUUCCGGCGGGGUUUCCAGGCCGUGUUUAAGAUCAGCCUGUGCGCGGCGGACGGUCAGCGCAGGAAGAGCUACUCACACAGACUGCAGGGCAACUCGGUGCUGCCGGCCAACAACGUGCAGACGUCCGUGGAGCCCAUUUCGCUCAACAGCCUGGACAAGAACCCUUCCAGGCGGAUCAACCACGUUCCUGAGCGGGAGCUGGUGAUGGAGGACCUGGAGCAGGGGUCCGGCAGCAGCGGCGGCGUGACCGCCGUGUCCAUCUGAUGACACGCCUUUUCUUCAUUGUUACUUAAGGAUGUUUCACAUUCGAAUCUGCUGUGCCUAUGUAAAAUAACACAUCCAAAAUGAAUGGGGUUUAAAUGGUGACUAAGAAUCGUGCUUUUUUUCAGUAUAGACUUGAGAUGAAAAAGACAACUUAGGAAAACUAGUUUGAGUUAGGGACGCACCGAUCCAUUUUCUUUCCUCUUCCGAUAUCAAUAUCUGAGGUUAGUAUUGGCUGAUCUGAAUCAACUUAAAACACUUCUUAAGACAUAAAUGUGCUGAAUGAUACAUUUGAUAACUCUGCACCAGCACAGCAAACUUAAACACACCAGUAGCUUCACAAACCUGGUCAGACAUGUAAAAACAACUUCAAAGGGGCAGUGUUAUGUAAAAUCAGUGUUUUUAAGCUUUAUAUUGUUAU